GUCAAAGAAGAAUAUAGGUUAGUUUCACAAAAGUAUGCGUCUUUGUUUACUAACCAAAGAUACCUGUUUUUCGUUAUUUUUUUACAUAUUUCCGGGGUUAUUUGCGACUAUAAGUUGAAUGAUAAUACUAAAUAAUUAGAUUUUGACCCUAUAUAAUAUAUAACCUUAGAAUCCCGCACAAAAUGACUUCAACGACGAAUUUCACAGCCGAAGCAGCAAAAGCUGCACUAAGCGACGUUUUAACUGCUCUGGAGGCACCGGAAAACGUGCAGAAACUGAACGCUGCGAAAGAGAAUUCCGGGAAUGAAAUGCUCAAAACGAUGCAAUUUGUUUUUCCGACUGUGAUGCAAAUUCAAAUGGAAGUUAUAAAGAAAUACGGGUUUCCCGACGGCAGAGAAGGUGCUGUACAGUUUGCUCAAUUUAUUAGAUCCUUGGAGAAAGAUGACACUGAAGUGGCAAAGCUACAUGCACAAGUUCGCUCUUAUUUUCUUCCUAGUGUCCCUGUGAACUCUUCGACUGAUGCUUCUUUGUAGGUUUCUUAUUAAAUCUAGAUAUUAAGGUGUCUAUAUUACUGCUAAAAAUAUUUCCAGUGUUAGGUUUACAAAUAUUCAUUUUGUAAUCACUCUCUUAUAAUGCAUAAACUAUGAACUCUUUGGGAUUCAUAGAUAUAUUUUUAGGGGCAUUGCGUUGCACUAAUAAAUUUGUAAUAGAUAGUGAAUUAGCAAAAUCAAAAGUAAACAAAUUACUGCAAAGAGUGCACUUGUCUUCAUUACAAAUUUUAUUUUUGUGACUGAAGCCCAUUAGAAGGAACAAUCAAAAUGAAAAAUGAAGUUUUAGACUGUAUUCUGCAAUACUCAAAGUUAUUUUUAAAAAGACUUGAAAACACAUUUUAGUCAUAUUAUAAUUUAUUUAUAUCUAAGCUCAUGCUAGGAUUUCAUACAUAUUUUACCUUUUUUUUUUCAUCGCCUUUUGUACUAUUUAUAAAAAUUGUUGAAAUUAUGUAAGCUUGCUUUUCUGACAAUUACUUUUAUUGACCUCAAGAAAUAUUGUGUAAUAAUAUUUCUCAUUCUCAUCACUCAUAAAAAAUGUAUAUUCUAAAAUUUUUUUAAAUUGUUAACAGACUUUUAUCACUAAUUUGUGCAAUCUUGAUGUAUGGGACUAAUGAACACUUAUCAACAGAAUGAAUGCUGAUUAAAAUUAUGAGAUUUGUUGUUUGUAUAUUAAUUUUAUAAUAAAAAUUAUAGGUAAUGCUGAUGAAAGUAAACACAUACGUUCUGUGUACUUAUAAAAUUUAUACAUCAAUUGAGUCACAUGUACUCAACAAUGGCAGUAACUAUACCAGCCUUAGAUUCAUUUAUAAUCAAAACUUUUUUUAUGAAAAAUAGACAAUAAUCACUAUGUGAAUUAAUUUUUAAGCACUAGAGUAAGACCACUUAAGAAUAAUUUUGUUUAAUUCUAGAGAAUACACAGUAUCCAUCACAUCAUCCUCUUAUCCUCUUCAUUCUGAGCAUGCCAUUAGUAAAAUAAAUACGGUUUUUACAGGAAAGUUUUGGACUAAAGAAUUAUAUUUUUAUAUAAUAGUUGAUAGAGCUAUUAAGUUAAUUCGUUUGUAAUGCUCAAAAACAUCAAUAAACAUAAAUGAACAAUGGCAAAAAUUAAGUCUUAUGCAAGGUAUCUACUGUAAAGACAUUUACACAAACUAAUAAAUUCUAGAUAAUAGAAAUAUAGAAACAAAGGAAUAAGCAUUUUGGUUGCAACUAAAAGAAGUUAUAGCCAGCCCAUUAACUAAAUAGGAUAUCAAUUUUGAUUUUAUUUGCAUAAGGACAGAAUAAAAAUAACCAUUCCUAAUGUAGUUUAUAAAAGAAUUUUGAUGUAAAAUAAGGAAAAAAGAAAAACAAAUUCAAUACCUAUAUGAAGAUUUAACUUAAAGUUUUUUUUACAUCAUAAUAUUAAUAACAUAAUAUUACAUAGUAAUAAUAAUGGUUGUAAUAAUAAUAGUAAUAAUAUUAGAAAUAGGUGUACAGUAUAUUAUCUACUAAAAUAUAUAAUAAUUUAUCGUUAUUAUACCAAGUCUCGAAAUUAUUUUUGCAAGAUGUUGUAUUUUCUUCUAGCCAUUCAAGAUCGUAAGUAAUGAUGAAAGUUUGAUAAUUCACAGAGCAUCGAAGUUCUGGUCCUUACAAAAAUAGUAAAUACGAUGUAUACAACUAAAAAUAACAUAAA